CAGGUCUCGGGCCCUCAGGUGGAGCGGUGGGCGCCGGACCCCCAGGUGGAGCGACAGGUCUCGGGCCCUCAGGCGGAGCGGCGGGCGCCGGACCCCCAGGUGGAGCGACAGGUCUCGGGCCCUCAGGCGGAGUGGCGGGCGCCGGACCCCCAGGCGGAGCGACAGGUCUCGGGCCCUCAGGCGGAGCGGCGGGGCACCGAGUCACCAGGCACGACAGUGGGCUCCGAGUCAACUGGCAUGACCGCUGGCACUGGGUCAGACAUUGGAUCGUCUGGCUCGACAGCAGGCAUCGGGUCACCAGGCAUCAGGUCAUUUAGCUCGACAGCGGGCACCGCGUCAUCUGGCAAGGCAGUGGGCUCCGAGUCAACUGGCAUGACCGCUGGCACUGGGUCAGACAUUGGAUCGUCUGGCUGGGCAGCGGGCAUCGGGUCACCAGGCAUCAGGUCAUUUGGCUCG